AUGGGGAGGAGCAACCGGGCACCAGAGGAGUCUUCUUCCGACUCGGAGCAGGAGUGGCGCCUUUCGGGUCGCCGCCACCUAGCGGAGCAGCACGCAGCGACUGUUACGAGGACGCACGAGGACUUCGAGGGAUCCACGGUCGCCUUUACGGCAACCUCGAUGGUGGGUCUUACGCCGGGCCAGAACCUGCUGUUGGUGCCAGCCGCGGAAGUGAAGAAGAAGACGGCAGAGCAGGCAAAGGCAGCUGCGAAAGCAGCGGCGGAGAAGUUCGUGAAGGAGCGCCAGGAGAGCGCCCAGUGGGCCAAGGAGGCAGAGGAAGCAAAGAAGAAGAGAGCAGCCAAAGCCGCCGAGGCCAAGAAGAAAGCAGCCGAGGCGGAGAAGUUGAUCAACGAGGCCACGGAGGCAAAGAAGAGAGCAGCCGAGGCAGUGGAGUUGGUCAGCGAUUCCCCGGAGGGGAAGAAGAAGAAAGCAGCCGAGGCAGAGAAGUUGGUCGACGAGGCCAUGGAGGCAAAGAAGAAAGCAGCCGAGGCGGAGAAGUUGGCCAGCAAAGCCGCGGAGGCAAAGAAGAAGGCAGCCACAGAGGCCGUGGAGGCAAAGAAGCCCAAGGGCAGUGUGGCCAGAGCAAGGGCAGAGCCGUCUUCGGGGUCGAAGGACCCACCGCAGCCAGUGGUGAAGAGGCAGCCCAAGCCGCCCAUGGUGAAGGCAAUGCCAGCCAAGGUCCGAAAGAUCGUCUUGAAGAGCCGGGCCCAGCGCGGGAUUCCCGGGCAGACCGACACUGCGCUGAGAAUGCUUUCGCAGCGGGCCAAGGAGAAGAAGAAGAGCGGCUACCUCAUGAAGGCCAUCAACAACGCUAUGAAGAAGAAUGCCGAGGAGCAGAAGGGCGCGCCAGUCAGACGAACCUGGGAAAAGCAUAUCAAGGACCACUAUGCUCAGAUCAGGGGGCUGGAGAUCCCGUUCGUGGAGGUCAAGGUGGAGGGCGCGCGUGCAGCAAAGGUGCCGGAGGUCAUCAAGGUGGAGGCCAUGGAGAUCAAUCCCCCACCACCGGAGCCCCCAGCAGAGGGGAGAGCCGAGCAGCUGCAUCUUGGGGACGACGGCAAGAUCUACAACUCCCGGGGCGAGGUGGUGGAGCUGGAGAGCAUCGAGAUAGACCGACCACAGCGUGACCGGAGCGAGGAAAGCUGGGGCAAGCUAGAGCGAGAACAUGUUCUUAGAUCGCAUGUGCCGUACAAUGAUCGGCUCCAGGACUCAGGGAUGAGAGAGGUGCAAAUAGAUAAGUUUUUCUAUAAGGGCCUCGCGUUCCUGGUGUUGGUUUUGGUUGGUGCUUUUGCCCUCGGUGUGGUUCCGUACCGUGAGGUGAGCGGAUCCCGAGGCCCAGCAGCCAAGGAAGCCAUGUUGAAUGACAUGUCGGCAUGGAGUCGUAGCGUUGGCUUGGUUGGUGUUGCUCCCAGUGAGUUGACGGUGAGCGUGAAGUCGGACAUUGAGGGUGUUGUGAAGAACCUUGCACAGAGUUUUGCUGAUGGUUUGACCGCCGGUGCCAUCGAGGUUGUGGAUGCCCCUGUUGGUCGGCAUGCUGUUGUUGCAGAGCGUGCGGUGAGGACCAUCAAGGAGGGUGCAAACACACUUUGUGCUGGGUUGGAACAGGUCGGCUUGGAGCCCUGCGGGAAGGGUGUUACGUAUCUUUUGAUGCACGUUGCCCAGGUCUACAACCGGUACCAGGUGCAUCCUGGAUCGGCGCUGUCCCCAGAACAGCGGUGCUUGAAGACCACCCGAGGACCGCAUGCCGCUUAUGUUUGGGGUGCCGCUGUGCUUGCCACUCCUCCUCCCUCUUUGCGUGACAAGAUCACCGGCCGUUACGGCCACGCCGCCUACCUUGGACCAGAAGUCGGAAGUGGAAGCCACAUUGUGCAGUUUAGGCUGCGGGAUGGCACCUUGAAGAUUGCGAGAAGUGCAAGAAUCCGGAUGUUGGUUCCUCUUACUUUUGAGGUGUCGAGCUUGAAAGGUGUUUGUCGCAUGUUGCCAGGAAGGAAAGAUGAUGCCCAGAAGAAGCUCCCCGAGAGCAGUGGCGAAAAUGUGCGCGACCUCCCCCGGGCGAUCCUCGAUCAAGCCCCAAUUGAAGAAGAGGAUUUGGCUGAGUAUGAGCCCAGCCUCUCUGGAGUUGGGAAUGAGAUUGAAGUUGGAGAAGAACUCGAGCGGAUCGAGGCCCCGAGCCCGGGCGAGCUUGAUUUCAUGCAAGUGGAGCCGGAACCUCUUGAAGCACUCCCAGAAGAAGAGCGGGAUGCUAUGGUGUCUAGCGUGAUGUACCGAGAGUCCAUCUCCUUUGCUGGUGCGUCCGUUUGCUUUGCAGGGGCCGCCACCACCAAGGUUGUCAUUGAUCACAUAGCACGAGAUCCCUCCUACAGGGACCGCCUCGCAGCCAGCUUGUGGCAGCACUUGGAAGCAGCUGACUUCUUCGUCUCUGCACUGGACAUUUUGCCUCGAGCAGGUGUCCUUUCCUUUGAGACCUUUUGGCGGGACGACCUGCAGUGGGAUGAUGACCAUUGGUGCUUUGUGCACCACAGCAGUGGUGCCCCCAAGGAGGAUCUGAACUGGGUGAACGUGCUUACUGUGAGUGAGCGUGAUGAUGGUGCCAGUACCCAGACCUUGCUUGAGCUCAAAGCCAUCUUUGCUGUGCAGAUCAAGAAGAAGGGUUUUGUCUUCUUGUGGGCCAGUACCCCGUGUACCGGAGGCUGCCCAUAUCAGAGGCUGCGUGCCCGUGAUCCAGCCUAUCGCCGCGGGCGGACGUUUAAGAUGUCUCUGGUUCCUUUCGCUGCCGAGCGUGCCAUGGUGUUUGGCCUGGUUGUGGAAGUGCAAGAGAAGCUGCUCGAAGUACCGAGUGUCGGGCUUCUCGUUGUUGUGCUUGUCCCACUGCUUGUGGGUGUUGCGCUUGGAGUGUGCUUGCAGAAGCUGCGUACCGAGAGCUCCCGCGUCAAGACUGUGCAGGACCUUCUUUCGUUUCUGCCAAGGUCGGGCCAGAAGAUGGCUGUCUUUACUUCUGCUUACGGAGACUGUUUCCACGUGCGUAGAGACUGCCACGGCCUCAGGAACGCGCUUCCGAAUCGCAUCGCUGCUAAAGUGGUCAGUGCCUGA